AUGCGUAAGGGUACUGCUGGCAAAAAGUCUGCUGGAGCCUGGCGCACUGGCUGGAGACUGCUGUACCCUAGUGUCUCACUGCAGCUUUUCCCAGCGAGACCGAUCAAAAAUGAGCAAGUCGAAACUGAAUAUGGAAUACUAAGUGGAACUGACGAUCCACUACGCUAUGGGGAAAACUAA